UUGUCCUGACAGCUGAUGCAAAGCAAACUUCUAGUCCUGAGGGAAGCAGAGCUCAUCACAGGCUGUUCAGACUACUCAGCACAGAGGACCAAUGCGGAGAGAAGCAAAAAUCAGCUGAGAACAAAUCAAGAGAUACUGAGCAGAAACCAAUGGGAAGCAAAACAGCCAAUUGGGGCCUGGUUUACAUCUGAGCACCACAAAGCCUUUUACAGCUGGGAUUGUCAAGCACAGCAGGAGGAAUUCCAUGUAUCAGAGGCAGAGAAUAAGAGAGAGGAGCUGCAGCAGCAGCAGCAAGGGACACCCUGGCAGGCAGAGAUCCUAAAGGAAAGCACAGAGAGGGACGGCGUGUCCAAUGGGAGUUCUGUCAUCAUGGCUGCUCUUUACCAGAGCACAGACUCGUCUUCCCCAAAUAAAUUUUUGGCCCUUAAAGACGUCAGAGAAGUGAAGGAAGAGACCACUUUGGAUGAAAGGCUUUUCUUAUUGGCCUGCGAGAAAGGUGAUUACUAUAUGGUGAAAAAGCUUUUGGAAGAAAACAGCUCAGAAGAACUGAACAUCAAUUCAGUGGAUGUACUAGGGAGAAAUGCCAUCACUAUUUCCAUUGAAAAUGAGAACUUGGAUAUCCUGCAGCUUCUCCUCAAUUAUGGUUGCCAGUCUACUGAUGCCCUCCUUGUGGCAAUUGACUCUGAGGUGGUGGGAGCUGUGGAUAUCUUGUUAAAUCAUCAACCAAAAUGGAGAACAAGACCAACUAUUGUAAAACUUAUGGAGCGAAUUCAAAAUCCAGAAUAUUCCACCACCAUGGAUGUGGCUCCUGUAAUCCUGGCUGCUCACCGGAAUAACUACGAGAUUCUUACCAUGCUUCUGAAACAGGAUGUCUCUCUCCCAAAGCCUCAUGCUGUGGGCUGUGAGUGCACCCUUUGUACAGCCAAGAACAAGAAGGACAGUUUGAGACACUCCAGGUUUCGACUUGAUAUCUAUCGAUGCCUGGCCAGUCCAGCUCUAAUUAUGCUGACUGAGGAGGAUCCAAUUCUGCGGGCCUUUGAACUCAGUGCAGAUUUAAAAGAGCUUAGCCUUGUAGAAGUGGAAUUUCGAAACGAUUAUGAAGAACUUGCUCAAAAGUGUAAGACAUUUGCUAAAGACUUGUUGGCCCAGGCCCGGAAUUCUCGAGAGCUGGAAGUCAUCCUAAACCACCAAUCGAGUGAUGAGCCUGUAGACAAGAGAGGGCUGCUUGAGGAGCGCAUGAACUUGAGCCGAUUGAAACUCGCUAUCAAGUACAAUCAAAAGGAGUUUGUAUCCCAGUCCAACUGCCAGCAAUUUCUGAAUACUGUCUGGUUUGGCCAAAUGGCAGGGUACAGACGGAAACACACCUGCAAAAAGAUAUUGAUUGUCCUUACCGUUGGAAUUUUUUGGCCAGUCCUCUCCGUGUGCUACUUGCUAGCUCCCAAAUCCCAAGUUGGACGUAUAAUUCAUACCCCGUUUAUGAAAUUUAUUAUACAUGGAGCUUCUUACUUCACUUUCCUGCUGCUUCUUAACCUAUAUUCUUUGGUUUACAAUGAGGAUAAGAAGAACACCAUGGGGCCAGCGUUAGAGAGAAUCGAUUUCCUUCUUAUUAUGUGGCUGAUAGGGAUGGUUUGGUCUGAUGUGAAGCGGCUCUGGUAUGAUGGACUGGAGGAUUUUUUAGAAGAAUCCCGAAAUCAGCUUAGCUUUGUCAUGAAUUCCUUAUACUUGGCCACCUUUGCCCUGAAAGUAGUGGCUCACAACAAGUUCCAUUCUAUUGCAGAGAGGAAGGAUUGGGAUGCUUUUCAUCCAACGCUGGUAGCAGAGGGUCUAUUUGCAUUUGGCAAUGUGCUCAGCUACCUCCGUCUCUUCUUCAUGUACACGACCAGUUCAAUCCUGGGACCACUUCAGAUUUCCAUGGGUCAGAUGCUGCAAGACUUUGGGAAGUUUCUGGGCAUGUUCCUUCUUGUGCUGUUCUCCUUCACCAUCGGUCUUACCCAGCUGUAUGAUAAAGGCUACACCACCAAUGAGCAGAAGGACUGUGUGGGGAUUUUCUGUGAGCAACAAAGCAAUGACGCUUUCCACUCGUUCACUGGGACAUGUUAUGCUCUGUUUUGGUACAUCUUUUCCUUGGCACACGUGGCUCUUUUUGUCACUAGGUUCAGUUUCAGCGAAGAGCUUCAGUCUUUUGUAGGAGCACUCAUUGUAGGAACAUACAAUGUGGUUGUUGUGAUUGUGCUCACCAAGCUCCUAGUAGCUAUGCUUCACAAAAGCUUCCAACUUAUAGCUAAUCAUGAGGACAAGGAGUGGAAGUUUGCCCGGGCCAAGCUCUGGCUGAGCUACUUUGAUGACAAAUGCACGCUGCCUCCACCCUUCAACAUUGUUCCUUCUCCCAAGACUAUCUGCUAUCUUUUCAACAGCAUCAGUAAAUGGAUCUGCUCUCAUACAACUACUGGGAGGGUCAAACGUCAGAACAGCCUUAAGGAGUGGAAGAGCCUGAGGCAGAAGCGGGAUGAGAACUAUCAGAAAGUGAUGUGCUGCCUUGUGCAUCGCUAUCUCACCUCCAUGAGACAGAAAAUGCAAAGCACUGACCAGGCCACCGUGGAAAACCUAAAUGAGCUCCGUCAGGAUCUCUCAAAAUUUAGGAAUGAGAUGAGGGACCUGCUUGGCUUCCGCACCUCCAAAUACGCGAUGUUCUACCCAAGGAACUAGGAUGGUAAUGUAAUAACAGGUUGCUAUGGGCUGCUGGACCUAGCGCAGACUUUACGCCUGUUAUAACAUUACCCACUAGGAGUUUCACUUACUGACUUUGCUGAGAUUCUUUUCCAUCAAAAGGUGACCUAUGCCUUCCUACACUUCCUUUGGUCAGUAUUUUCAGUCACAUUUGGUGUUAUUCACAGGCAAUUAUCUAUUCCUAGAGUAAUAUAUAUUAUUUAUUAUUAUAUUAGUUCCAUGUUUUAUGGUUUUUUUUCAUUAUAUGGAUUAGUUAUAUACAUGAACCCGUAUUUGCAUUCACACAGGGUUAUAUAACAAUAGACACUCAAUUUGCACAAGGCCAGGCUAAGGGCCACUUUUAAGGGAGGGCAUCAGAGAUGUCCCUUUGGAAUAUACAUCAGGCAUGUACAACCUGUAACCCUAUAAGUGCACGUGCCCAGCUGGGCAUCCCUUAUUAUUGUAUUCUAACUCCCUCCCAAGAUGUGCGCCUUAGAUCUGCUCUGUAUUGCAAACCCCCACCCAUCUCUAACUGGUCCUGCCCAUAUAAUAUUUACCACUAAAUAUACUUGAUACAUGCCUUUAACCCUUUACAUGCUGAACUUCAUAAAUUGACACCAACAAUAUUCUGUCGCUCCUUAAGCCAAGCUGCAACACUUUUGCCAGUAAACAUCAUAGGCCAUUGUAAAAGUCUCUUACCCAUUUACAAUAUGCAGUGUCGCACAAAAUCAGAGCACCGCACUAAUGAUGUUUUAUAUUCAAUUCUGAUGGACAUUUAUUUUUUCCUUACUUUGAAUUAGCCAUCAGUUAAUUGGAGCUUUUAUUUAGGGUACGUAGCCAUGUUUGCUGUGCUGUGCAUUUUUUUCCAAUGUUGAUUGAUUUCCCUUCGUCCUGUGGGUUUGUGCCCAAGGGUACAUUCACUAAUGCUGUAUAAUCAUCCCAAGCAAUUCUAUCCAAAUCCAGCAAAACUGAAUAUACACAAGAGUGAACCUUUGUUAGUCUGUAAGAUAUAGAACUGUAUAUAGAAAGAGCUUUUAUGUUUCUAUUGUAUCCAGAGCCAGUGCAGCAGUCAUAGCACCCAGCAUGAUUGCUGUAAGAAACUGAUGUACGUAUCAGGUGACAUUUAAUAAACUGUGAAAUACUGAAUGGUUUUUGAUGCCAAAACAAGGAUUUGAGUCAUAUGAAUGGUUUUCCAUGCCAUGAUCAUACCCACAGAAGCACACUGAAACACAGCAGAUAAGACACGGCAGUGGACUGAAAUGCUGCAUCAAUUCGAUGUUUCAGUCUGUUCACGUGGGUAAAAGAGAAGAAAGGGAGGAUCACGUAACUCCUGCGUUCCCAUUUGUGCAUAAGGGCUUGCACUUCUCUUCUGAGGCUGGGCAGCCUUUAUGUAGAUUCACAAUAUCCCAACGUGCAUGGGGAAAUGUUGGUCUGUUUUGACUUUCAGUAAGAGUCUAAUUUAGACUUUUUUGCCUUGUUUGAAUUUUUUCCCCCAUUAUUUUGGAACACUUAUAAAAAGAGUAAUUUUCCACUCUGGUUCUUAUUAAAGAGUUAAAAGUUUCAUUCUG